AUGACUGCUUGUUAUAAUGGUACAUUAUUGAACGAUGAACAAACAAUUGAACAAUGUGGUCUUGCAUCUGGUUCAACACUCGAUGCUACUAUGAAAUUAUUUGGUGGUAAAGUCCAUGGUUCAUUGGCUCGUGCCGGUAAAGUCAAAGGUCAAACACCAAAGGUUGCUAAACAGGAAAAACGUAAGAAGAAAACUGGACGUGCUAAACGUCGUCUUCAAUACAAACAACGAUUCGUGAACAAGGUUGCUGGAAUGGGUCGUCGCCGUGGACCAAAUUCAAAUCAACAAGCUGCAUCAUAA